GCACUUCCUAAACAUUUGUUGGUGAUACUGUUGCAGAAAGUUGGAAAAAUGGAUGGAGAUAACCACAGUGAGGACUCACAGUUCCUGCUCCUGGGGAUCUCGGACAGACCUGAGCAGCAGCGAAUCCUGUUUUGGAUGUUGUGCAUGUACCUGGUCACGGUGGUGGGGAAUGUGCUCAUCGUCCUGGCCAUCAGCUCUGACUCCCGCCUGCACACUCCCAUGUACUUCUUCCUGGCCAACCUCUCCUUCACUGACCUCUUCUUUGUCACCAACACCAUCCCCAAGAUGCUGGUGAACCUUCAGUCCCAGAACAAAGCCAUCUCCUACGCAGGGUGUCUGACGCAGCUCUACUUCCUGGUCUCCUUGGUGACUUUGGACAACCUCAUCCUGGCCGUGAUGGCGUAUGACCACUAUGUGGCCAUCUGCCGCCCCCUCCACUAUGUCACAGCCAUGAGCCCUGGGCUUAGUAUCUUGCUCAUCACUUUGUGUUGGGUGCUCUCUGCCCUUUAUGGCCUCCUCCUCACCCUUCUCGUGACCAGGGUGAUCUUCUGUGGGCCCCGAAAAAUCCACUACAUCUUCUGUGAGAUGUACGUCCUGCUGAGGCUGGCAUGUUCCAACACCCACAUUAUUCACACAGUGCUAGUUGCCACGGGCUGCUUCAUCUUCUUCACUCCCUUAGGGUUCAUGAUCAUGUCUUAUGUCCGCAUUGUCAGAGCCAUCCUCCGAAUACCCUCAGCCUCUAAGAAAUACAAAGCUUUCUCUACCUGUGCUUCCCACUUGGGUGUGGUCUCCCUCUUCUAUGGGACACUUUGCAUGGUGUACCUGAAGCCCCUCCACACCUACUCCAUGAAGGACUCAGUAGCAACAGUGAUGUACGCUGUGGUGACCCCCAUGGUGAACCCUUUCAUCUACAGCCUGAGGAACAAGGACAUGCAUGGGGCUCUGGGAAGUCUCCUAGGAAGACCAUUUCAAAGGUUGAAAUUAGGACCAUUUCACACUCCUCGGAGGGGCUGGCCAAAGACGCACACCCAUCCUGCGCCGACGGCCAAUGAGAAGGUCGGAAAGGCGGGACUCCUGCAGAACCAGCUAAUGAAAAGCCUGGAGGGGCGGGCGCCGAGAUUACCCUUCCCCGACCGCGGCGUGCGGUCUCUCUGGUUCCGCAGGUUGCGCGCGCCCUCCAGUGGCGGCCGGGCAGGGAGCGCCAGCAUCUUCUUAGGGACUUCAAGUCCAGCUGUGCCAAACCUUCGUGGCGUUCCCCAAUUUCAGAAGAAAGGUGUGGAGGUGGAAGCCAAUGGCUUCCCCAAAACCCAGGGCCCCAGGAAAUGUAGUCACUUAACUAACCAGGCUGGGACAGGCGAGAAGCCAGAGGGGCUGCUCCUCCGAGAGCGGCCGGCUCAUCCCGCAGAGGGUGCUUCAGCCGAGGGUGCAGGAAGGCACUGCACCGUGACCAAGGAUGGACAGGGCCCGCCUCUGCUGGCCCCUUACCGGGGCGCCCUGUGCUGCUGCCAGCCUCUGCGUCCCCCCACCUCCCCACUCUGUCUCUGA